AUGGCCGUCUUCGAGAUGCAGGGCCUGGUGGUGGCGGCGGCGUUGUUACUGGCGUAUCCCGUCUGCAAGAUCGUCUACAACCUGUUCUUCCACCCGCUGGCGAAGAUCCCCGGGCCGCGGACAUGGGCAGCUACUCGUCUUCCCUACUGCCGCGCGCUCAUCCGGGGGACGAUAGUACACGACUUUGAGAAACUACACCAGAUAUACGGGCCUGUCGUGCGUACAGCGCCGGAUGAAGUCACCUUUGCGCAUGGAAAUGCCUACAAUGAUAUCUUUCGAGUCCGUCUGGGACAUAAACCGUUCCUCAAAGACCCCGUCUGGUGGGCCAGAAUGAACGGCCAGCCUGACUCUAUACUCAGCGCUAUCAGCCCGGAAAACCAUGCUCGGAUACGAAAGAUACUGGCUCCGGGGUUCACCGCUCGUGCGUUGAAGGCACAGGAGCCGUUUGUUCAGAAAUACGUCAAUCUCUUGAUCCAACGAAUGCACGAUAAGGCAGGCGAGGUCAAGGACUGCAAAAAGGGGGCUGAGUUUGAUAUUGGGCCCUGGUUCAACUUCACCACGUUUGAUAUCUUUGGAGAACUGGGCUUUGGAGAGUCGUUCGACUGUCUCGAAAAUUCCCGGUAUCAUCCGUGGAUUGCGCUUCUUUUCAACAGCGUCAAGGCUGCUUCGUUCAUAUCCGCAGCCAAAUUCUUCCCGCUAGUCACUUUUAUGCUCAUGAAAUGUAUACCUGAGUCCCUCAAGAAGAUGCAGAAGGAUCACUUCCAGCAGAUCGCAGACAAGGUAGACCGACGCCUCAGCUGGGAACUGGAUCGUCCAGACUUCAUGUCUCAUGUCAUCAAAUCCGACGGAGGCACGAAGAUGCCGGUAGGGGAGAUCUAUGCCACCUUCAUGGUGAUGACGACUGCUGGAAGCGAGACCACUGCAACCACACUGAGUGGAACGAUGAAUCAUCUCGUUUCCCAGCCGGAGACACUUACAAAACUCACCAAGGAGGUGCGCAGCGCAUUCAGAAGCGAGAGCGACAUGACCCUGGAUGCCCUCCAUGAUCUCCCAUAUCUCAACGCUGUACUUCGGGAAGGACUCCGAACCUGUCCACCCGUUCCAUGGAUGCUGCCUAGAGUUAUUCCUCGUGGAGGUGACACUGUCUGUGGAACCUGGCUACCCGAAGGUACCGCGGUAAGCAUUCAAGCCUACACCCUAAACCGUGAUUCAGCAUUCUUCCACUCAGCAAAGUCAUUUAUCCCUGAGCGAUGGCUCCCUGAAGCUAGCACCAACCCAAAAUCACCUUUUUUUAAUGACCAGCGCAACGCUAUCCAGCCGUUCAGCGUUGGACCAAGAGAAUGUCUUGGCCAACAUCUUGCAUGGGCAGAGCUGAGACUUAUUCUCGCGAGAUUAGUCUGGGCGUUUGAUUUUGAGGCUGUAGAGGGGAAGAAACUCAGAUGGGAAGAGCUGAGGACGUUUCUCCUAGUCGAGAAGAAACCGAUUGAUGUGAGAAUUAAGCGGAGAUCGGAUUAA